UCCAGCGCCUGGAGCUCCUCCUCCCGCUCCUUCCACACUGACCCCGGUGCCUGUGGGGCUGCUCCGCUCGCAUCCUCUCACUCCUCUCUCCCAGCUGUUGCCCAGCAGGAGGAACUGUGAGCUGCCCCUCACAAGCUGCAUCCGCCGCCUCCUUGUAUCCCAUGGCAAAUGCAUUUGUGACUAUUGCCUGUCCAAAGGCCACCAGCUCACGCCUGUGUCCCUGCUGCCGUGCCAGGAGCUCCUGUGAUGUGAGCGAGGCUUUGGGGGCUGAUCUGCUCCAUCCUGGACCUGCAGCUGGCCCGGAGGAUUGUCUUCCAGGUGGAGUUCGACCUCUGCUUCUGGAGAGGAGCAUCCCGGACCAGAUGAGCUGGUUCACCACUGGGUGAAGAACCGUCUGGACGGCGCGGCCCAAAGGGCUGCAGUGAACGGGGCUGCGUCUGGCUGGUGACCGGUCACCGGCCGUGUUCCGCAGGGCUCAGUCCCAGGGCCGGCGCUGCUCAAUAUUUUGAUCCGCGACCUGGCGGCGGGAGCUGAAUGCGCCGUUAGCGAGCUCGCCGACAGUGCUGGGCGGGGAGGUGCGGUUGGCUCCCUUGAGGGACAGGAGGCCUCGCAGAGGGAUCCAGGUGGAUGGGAGCACCGGGCAGUCAUCAACGGCGUGAAAUGGAACGGGAACGAGCCUCUCAGUGUUGGACAAUGCCCUUCAUGGUGCACUUUAAUGUCAGGUCAGCCCUGAAGCGGGCAGCGAGCUGGACAAGAAGUCCUAAGAAUUUGGGACAGUGUGUCCGAGUACAUGCUACAGCAGUUUGCACUGAACAAGGGUGUGGCCAUAGAUGUGCUCGGCGUUUUCUAUGUGCUGAGAAAGCACAGCAGUGAAAUGAACGUGGAUGUGGUCGCACCCAAGUUUCAUCUGUCGGAGAGAGUUGCCCAGGCUCAGGGGAUCAGCCAUGCCAACAGAGACAUUCCUGAGGACCUCAAGAUCGUCCCCCUGGACUAUUCUCAGCUGUCUCAGAGGACGACCCUUCCAAAGAAGCUGGUGAAGGAGUGCGUGAAUGACAUCGUGGUGCUCUUCAGCUGGGGCGCAGGGCUCGGAGAGGAUUAUGACCUUGUUUUCAAGGGCAUAGGUUUCCUUAUGAGCCGAAAUAAGAUCCUCACGAUGAGAUACUAUGAAGACUUUCUCCUCACCAUCGAUGGCACUGGAAUGCUGUUAAACUGCCUGCUGUCUAACCCACAGACAAGGAUUAACGUGGUAUCGGGCAACAAACCUGCAGCUUUCCACGUGUGUCCUGGGGGGAUCCGUGUGCUGCCCACGUUUGAGAUUAAGCCACCCCCUGAAAGAACAGCCAAGGACUCUCCCCCCGCAGAGGGAUCCAGGCAGAAAGAAGAGGUGUCUUCUUUCACAGCUGCAGGGAGCCCUCCCGACAAGCGUCUCCACCGUCAGAAGAGGCAUCCACCAGGCAAACCGACAGGGGCCAAGGAGGCAAAAAAGGAACAAGACAGCACAAAGAAGCCUGUGCACAACGAAGAGUUCAGCCGGCUGUUAUCCAGGCUGAGGGCAGAGUUCCAGUCUGAACAAGGGGGAGACGUGGGAAAAGUCAUGGCUGAGGAGAAAGCGAAGGAAGAGAGUCCUCCUGAGAAGAGUCUCCUUCAUCGGAGGAAGCUUUCCCCCGUGACAUUGCCUGGGCUGAGAAGAAAAGAUGGCAAGGGUGAGCAAGCCUUGGGCGUCAAGCGUCACCCAGGAAGGUCUGAGUUUGCCCAAGCACAAUCUGCCACUCUGGGGUCUCUCACGUCGCUCCAACAACACGUGGAAGAAGGCACUGAGAGUCCUCCUGAGAAGAGUCUCCUUCAUCGGAGGAAGCUUUCCCCUGUGACAUUGCCUGGGCUGAGAAGAAAGGAUGACAAGGGUGAGCAAGCCUUGGGCGUCAAGCGUCACCCAGGAAGGUGAGAGGCUUGGAGAAACGCUCUGGGGCAGGGGUGUGCUCUGGUCCUUGCGGGAGUGAGAUGUUUGUGAUGGACACGUUGCCUUGAUCAGCUCUGGAAGGCUCUUUGGACAUGUCCCUGGGGUGGGCGUUUUC